AUGGGAAACUUUUAUCAGAUCUGGGACGAACACAUAUGGGUUACCCCGGAGACGGGACAAUUAACCAACCCUGCGGACAUCUGUUGGGAACAAAAGGAACAACCUUGUGUUAAGGACGUGUAUGGGAAAGAAAGACACUUGACAACAAAAGAUUGGAAAUAUCUUGGAUAUCUACCACAAAGAUUGUGUAAUUGGACUAUUGAUGUUACAUUCAUUUGUAAAAAACUGUUUCAGUGGCCAGGGUCUGAUUGGGAUAAUCAAUCUGGACGUCGAAUAGCUGCACCUAAUGGGAAAAAAUGGAUUUGUGGCACAAAUAUUUGGCCCUGGUUACCUUGUGGUUGGGUAGGACGCUGUACGUUGGGAUUUGUUAUAGCCCCUGGUAGAAUUGUAAAAACUGUACAAGGGAUUCCUGCCAAUAUGCCUAAUUUACAUGCUCGAUGGACUCGAUCAGCAUUUAAAUGGUAUGACUAUCUAGCUGCUAUUUUUGUCCCUUCUUUAGGAACUGUAGAUAUUAUGACAAAAGUUAAUGCUUUGACUAACUUUACUCAGAAAGCUUUGAUUGAUGUAAAACAUGCUGUGGAAGAAAUUAAUGAUGAACAAAAACUUAUGAGGAAAGCUGUAUUACAGAAUAGAAUGGCUCUUGACAUUCUCACUGCUGCGCAAGGAGGAACUUGCGCU